AUGGCUACUAACAGCACUUCUAUCGAGGCCUCCCAGCCCGCGUCCGUAUACGUGCGCGAAGCAACACGCGCGUCGCAUGAGAGGGUAGGUUCGGCGCAGGGUGCGCGCUGGUUGGCGGGCGGACAGCUCGCAAAGGAGGAGUACGCGCACUACCUCGUCUUGCUGUGGCACGUCUACGACGAGCUCGAACGCAGCCUCGCCGCGCACGCGAACGACCCGGUAAUCAGGCCGGUAUACGUGCCCGCCAUCUUCUCCCGCGCGGACCACGUCGCAGCCGACAUCGGCUUCCUGCUCAACACGGCCACCGCAGAAGGCGCAUGGCGCGCGCACCCGAUGGUCGCGGGCAUCCUCGCCGCGCCCCCGCAGGUGCUGAUCGAGUACACGGCGCGCAUCAAGUACCUCUGCGCGGAGCAUCCGCGCUUGCUGGUUGCGCAUGCGUAUGCGCGCUAUCUCGGCGACCUUAGUGGUGGGCAAAUUAUACGGAAGAACGUGGCCAAGGCGUACGGUCUGGACAGGGAAGACGGCGAUGGGUUGCAGCUGUAUGCGUUCCGGGCGUUGAACAGGGAUGCACCGGCGAGCGCGAACGAGGUGAAGGUGCUCAAGGAGUUUUGGAGGGAGAGGCUGGACGGGGCUGUGGGUGGAGACGUUGAGCUGAAGGUUGCGCUUGCUGAGGAGUCCAAAUUGGCGUUCGUGUUGAACGAGGGGCUCCUCUCGACGCUCAAGGGACCUGCGUACGAAUGUGUGUACGUUCCUGGUCGUGGUGCAUAUAAUAUCGUACGCGGCGGUGCCUCAUCAAACAAGUCUGUGAAGACGCUUGUGGUGUUGGCAUCGAUUAUCGGGGCCGCUGGGCUGGCGCACUAUCUAUACGGCGGAGGACGAGGGCAGUAA